UCAUUGAUUAGAUUUUUCUUGGCAGGGGAGUUUUAUUUGAUGUGAAUUUUAAUUACAGAGGAUAAUCCCCUUUGUUUCUAAAUAUAAAUGGACUUAAUUUUUGUUCAGAUUGAUUCUCAAGUUCUAAAACUUGUGUAGUUAUGUGAAGUUGGAAUAUUCGCUUAUUAGAAAUUUUGCUCCUGUUUACUUGCUGAGGACAAGGAUAAUAUUUGUCUUAAUUAACGUAAAGUUUAUGAUCAUGAGUUACUGGUCACCAGCCCCCAAAGAUUCUGGGGUGUCUAAAACUAGUGAGGGGUUGAGUAGGAUAAGUUGGAGGGACAGACCAAAGUCUUACCAAUUCUCUGAUACCCACAGACCGGACUAUAGACCACACGUAGAGUUAGACAACAAAGGGAGUAAGUCACCGAGGAAAAAAACCCGUCCAACGUCCUUCCCCUCCGAUCUAAAGGAACACCAGAUUAAACACAACAAGGAGAAUUUAAAUCAAGAUGUCCAUCAAGGAAAUAAAACUCACAGGGAUAGAGAAGAGGACAUUAAGAAUAAUGUGAAGCAUUCUAAAGUGACAAAGCACCGGGUAGGAUUAGUGAAAAGUGAGGAGGGCAAGCAUGGAAAAGGACACAGUUCUGUACGUAUAAACGAUCACACUGCUCACAAACAUACCCCCAAACAUACCAAAAUGUCACAUCACCACCACUCCAGUGCUAACCAGGUGUGGGCAGAAUCUCCUAGAGGUGAGGGAGGAACUCACAGAGGCAGGAGGCAUCAGCAGUUUGAAAUCAAUGUAGAAAUCACUCCACACCAGAGAAAAAGGGUUCCAGAUCAGCUAGAUGAUGGUCCGCUAUCCACACACAGAGGGAACCCUGGGACAUUCCGCAGCCGACCGCAGGAUAAUCCUUCCAGGAACCAGUACGUUCCCUCCCAAUUCUCUCAGCAGGAUGGAAAUCAGAGGGGAAACCAAACUCAGAGAGGCAAACGCUUCCAUGAGGAUCAGACCUAUGACUCAAGGUCACCUGCAUCAAACCAUACAGACAGUGGAGAGAGCAUGAAGAAAGUGAACAUUAACAAAAACCCAGACUCUGUAGUGCAAUAUGUGAUGAGAUCCAAAUCUAAUUCUAGAGCCUCCUCCACAUCUAAAGAGGCCCCGCCUGUAAGUGUUAAAUAUAAUCCUGUCCAGAGGGCCCCUAAUACGGCCCAGUACCUAGACAGUCCAAAUGUUGGUGCUCCAUUUAGGGAUGAAAAGGAUGAACUUUAUCAUCAGAAGGAGGUGAAAAUUGCCAGUUAUGUACAAAAUAACACACAGCAGAGGUAUAUAGAUGAGAAUUCUGACUCUUCCUAUUCUUACAACAACCUGCCUCAAAGUAAUGGUGUACAUUCUGGGAAUGGAAAAUCUGUGCAAUUUUCUGAUGAUGCGCGCAAUGACGCCAUGUUGAGGACAGGUCAGCAAUUAGGUCCUCAGCCCUAUCAGGGUGAAAGGCCAAAUGUACAGAGAAAUAUUAACAGCAAUUCUAAUGGACAAAUGAUGAAUGUUAAAGCUACUCAGGAUAAUCCCGAUCAAAGACAACCAUACAUGCAGGGUAACCAACCAAUGCAAAACUCAGACAAUCAGUCAAGCAAUAAACUAAAUCAGGAGUACAAGUUCCCAGAUUCUGAGGAGGAAGAUGAGGCACUGGAUUUGGGUGACAUUGAUUCUGUUUACGAGGGGAAUGAUGCUUAUAUAUGUUAUCUGAUGAAGGAUGAUGGAGGAAUGGCCGGUCCAUUACGACUGGACAUUAAUGAUGUCCAACUAGGCCUUCCCAGCGAGGUUCAGGUGAAGGAGAAUGAGCCAGGUAUGAGGAACAGACAGACGGGGUCUCAUGGUCUGAACGAGUUCUCUAGUAGAAGCCACAGCAUGCUGACCCUGACCAUCGACACUGAACAACAGGACCCCGACGACGAAAAUCUGUACCUCACAAAACGGGGAAAACUCACCUUCGUAGAUUUAGCAGGUAGUGAAAAAGUGAAGGAUUCGGAGUCCAGUGACCAAAUGUUGAAGGAGUCAAAUAACAUAAACAGAAGUCUGUUGGUGCUAGGAAACUGUAUCUCCUCCCUGGGUGAUCCCAAAAGGCGGCAGGGCCACAUUCCAUACAGGGACAGUAAACUAACAAAGCUCCUGGCCGACAGUUUGGGAGGAAAUGGGGUUACUCUGAUGAUUGCCUGUGUGACCCCUUCAUCUCACCAUGUCCAUGAGACCAUCAACACACUGCGCUAUGCCAGUCGAGCCAAGAAAAUCAAAACCAAACCUAUCGUCAAAAUGGAUCCUCGAGAAAAGUUAAUAUUAAGUUUGAAGCGCGAGAUCAAAAUCCUCCGGAAUGAAAACAUCUAUUUGCGGCAACAGUUAGAGUUCCCAGCUAAACCCAAAGGAGAGCUACAGAAGUCAAAUGAUGAAAAAUUCAUGAAAUUUUUAAAGAAUCAAGGAAAAGAGUCCAAUGACCCCAAAACAAAUUCUAAGGGCGGAACUGAGGCGGGGCUGUAUGAGAUGUUACAGGAGUACAUGAUCGAGAACGAAGCCCUGAGGUCUGAGAACUCUGAAAUGCAUCAAGCCAAAGACAGAGUGAAGCGAGAGCAGCAGUUAUUGUACAGAGAAAAUGAAAAACUGCUAAAGCAAAUCGAACAGCUGCAGAGAGAAAUUCGAACAAAGGGAGGAGGAAGUGGUGGCUGGCAAAGACAAGCAAAUGGGCCACCCCCUCAGAGACAAACCAAUGGACCACCCCCUCCCCGGCAGCCUAACGGACCUCCCCCUCCCCAGCACCCCCCACCAGAUCAGUAUUACGACCAGGGACCACCCCCUCCAAGACAAGGGCUCAACAAGCCUCCACCACCCCCUAACAACCAGUGGAAGGGUGGACCUCCCCCUCAUCAAAGACCCAUUAACAACAGGGUGGAUCAAUUUGUGCCUGGCCCCUCACCUCAGGCAGGGAGGGGUAAACAGUCCACACCUCCCUCUGGUCCCAAACGCCCCCCUCAUAGACUUCAAGAUCCCAUACAAAGACCAGCCAAUAUACCUCCAGAAUAUAUGCAAAAUGGAGUGGGUGGUUACCCUGACGACGGGUAUAUGUCACCACGAGGACGACCUUCACCUCACCUAAACGGACCAAUGAGACAAGAGUCUCCGGUGCGUUACAACGACAGUCGUCGGGCUUCCCAAGUCUCCACUUCAGAUUCCAUACGAAGUAUGAAUGCGAAAUUAAAACAAGAGAUUUAUGAAUUAGAGGGUGAGAUUGAACACCACCAUCUUGUGAACCAGCGGACUAAGAGUAUAUACGGCUCGCAGGCCUCCGUACGGUCUGGGCCACGAUGACGAAAAAAGUCCACUAUUUCUCCCGUGCUUUCUUGAUCGAUAUCAGCCAAUGGAUCAACAUAUUUAUUGACUGAUUAAGUGCAUUAACUUGUGUCGUAUACCAAAGAUAAUAUCACAAGAGAUGUGGAUUUUAUUAGUUUCUAGAUUUUACACCAGAUCACUAGAUAAAUCAAGAGGAGUUUCUGAUGUAAAGCAUCUGGUAGUCAGUGGAUCAAAGGUUGAGGCAAGGCUAUGAUUGUGACAUUGGAGGUUAAAAAUAAACUGCGGUUAUGAGAUGGUCAUAUUUUACAAGGUGUUGAUACCAAAUACGAUCCACAGAGACUAAGGUUCUCAGGCCUGGUAUCACUCUGAGGUGUUGGGAGGCAUGUCAGAACACAGCUAUGUAUAAAGUGAAAUAUUGGAUUCUUGGUGAAUGCUGAGGAAUGUCCUUUGUAUUAACCGUCCUUGUCAAGAUGACUUCUGGAAAUCCGUCCAUUUUAAAUUUACAUAUUUUGACUGAGUUACUGGAAUGCCUGUGUAAAGUCUAUUUUAGUUGUUGAGUUUUUACAUGUUUAUCUUUGUUAUUAUUGUUUACGUUUUUGUAUGAUUUAUUUAAUUUUACAUACUGUACAUAGGUUUCUUUACAUAUAAUGGCCUCACUGUAUACUAUGUAAUUUAAUCCACUCCUUCAUAGGGUGCUGAAAUUUACAGAUGUUCUUAGUACCUCGGGUACUUUUAUGUAAAAUUAUUAAGACAGCUGUUCUGAAUGUUUGUUAGUACAUAUUCUAACUGGUCACCAAAUACACCAUUGUAAAUGACCUUGACACAUCACUGUACAUGACCUUGACCCUCUCACCUUGAUUUACAGUAUUGUAAUAAAUUGUUAUACUAUGUUAUUUCCUUUUCACAUAUUGAUGCAUGCAUGUUUAAUAUUGGAGAAUCCAAACAUGUCAAUGAAUAAUUUAAAUUAUUUUUUUUCAUUACCAAGGCCUGAAUGUUGCUUAAACAUUUACCAUUGAAUGUGAGAAGAAAGUGUUGACUUGUUUUUUGUCAUAUUUAUUCAGAUAUCUUAAAUUUGAAUCAUUUGUUUCAUGAAUUGUUUUAUAUUUGCUCAGACAAUUGAAAAUAGGUGCCAGAAAAUCUUUUUUUUUUAAUUGAUUCAAUAACAUUUUUUUCAUGAAAGUAAUAAAAUAUCCAGGAUGGGUUAGUAAAGAUUUUUAAAUAGAUGGUAUUGCUGAUUGUUAAAAAAACAAAACAACUUUAUUUCAUAAAAUAAAAUAAUAUAGUUUUGUCUUUUCACUUUAAUAUUGCAAUUCUUUUCUCCAAAGUUAUUUAUUUUUUCUUUUUUUACAAAAGUAAAACUCCACUUCCUUACUCUUUGCUUUUCUAGAUAAUAUUUCAUAUGACAUGUUCUUAAAAUAGAGAGGGAGGAAAUUUAUUUCCAUAUUUGAAUGAAACUUGAUUAAAAU